UCUGCCUCUCUAGUCCCCUAUUCCCUAUCCUCUGACCCCUGUCCCUAUGGAUCCCCCAAGGUCUCCAGAACACCCUCCAUCUUCAUGACUCAUCAGGCCUCUCUGAAGAGUGAGCUCUUGAGAGUAUGUUCAUCUACAUCAAACAUGGAGGUGAGGGGCAUCAUGGAGUUGGAGUCUGUAUGAGGGCUGGGAAGGUUUGAGGGCAGUGGAGAUCACAGAGACAUAUAACCAGAGAAGGGUCACACGCCCCAUCCCAUCUCUUCUUAGAUAAUCAGAAUUUCCUUGCCAGUAUCAAUUGUGCUGUCCACCGGUUGCUGCAUUACACCCGCAUUAAAGUGGGGUUGAGUAAAACAGACACCAUUGAUUUGUGUGAUGAAACGGGAACAAUGAAGUUGUUUUUCCUGAUGAAGAUCCCUGGAGACUAUGCCAGCAAAUUCCUUACACCUCGAAGCACCUACUACGUUUGUAAGGUGGCACGUGGGACACCAGGAACUCAACUUGCGAAUGCCUACCUAGCCUUUGUGCCCCUCCUGAAGACUCCAGAUCACACACUACUUGACGCCUUGCGCACACAAUGUGACAUGCUGGAGAAGAGCAGACUGAAAAUGCUUAGACUCCAAGAAGCCAAGAAAGCCGUUAAAAUUGAUUCUUCUGUGAGCCUUCCAUCCAAAUCAGGUGAUGACAAGAGUCGCAAGCUCCCUCGAAAGAGUCCGUCCCAAAAGACCAAGGCAGGCUUACUCAGUAAGAAGGGAAAACAGCAGACUAAAAAAAUAAAGUGACCAUGUGAGAGCAGAAACACUAGGUAUGAAAUUACUGGCGUUUAAUGUGAGGUUCCUUUUUUAAGAGACUCCUCCCAGUACCUGCAGGGAGGCUUAAGUAUGCCCCAGGCAGCAUGGAGCCUCUGAGGGUGAGCAGGAAGGCUGGGGUAUGCACUUGGGUGGU